AUGGCCAGCCUCAGAACCUUUUCCAGACUCGCGCGCCCUAAGCGGCUGCACUCCCAGAAGCACCCCAAGGGCUUCACUGCCCCCUCACAGGAGGAGCUGGACGAGCUGCGCGAGCGCGUCCACGACUUCACCCGCCGUGAAAUUCCCGAGGAGUUGGCCGCAAAGACGGACAAGACGAAUGCCUUUCCCAUGGAGAUGUGGGAGAAAUUGGGCGAGGCGGGUUUCCUGGGCGUGACGGCUGACGAGGACUAUGGCGGUCUGGGCAUGGGCUACCAGGCACAUUGCAUCGUGCUGGAGGAGAUGUCGCGCGCCUCUGGAUCGAUUGCGCUGAGCUAUGCCGCGCACUCGCAGCUGUGCGUCAACCAGAUCUCGCUCAACGGCACACCGGAGCAGAAGGAAAAGUAUCUGCCCGGUCUCAUUGCCGGCACCAGCGUCGGCGCCCUGGCCAUGUCUGAGUCCGGGUCCGGGUCCGACGUCGUCAGCAUGCGCACCUCGGCCAAGGCCGUCGAUGGCGGCUUUCUGCUCAACGGCACCAAGAUGUGGAUUACAAACGGCCCCGACGCUCACGUCAUUGUCGUCUACGCAAAGACGGAGCCUGACAAGGGCUCCAAGGGCAUCACCGCCUUCCUCGUCGACACCAAGGCCGAGGGCUUCUCGUGCGCGCGCAAGCUGGACAAGAUGGGCAUGCGCGGCUCCAACACGGGCGAGCUCAUCUUCGAGAACGUCUUUGUGCCCAACGAAAACGUGCUCGGCAAGGUCAAUGGCGGUGUUCGCGUCCUCAUGGAGGGUCUCGACCUGGAGCGCCUGGUCCUCAGCGCGGGCCCCUUGGGCCUCAUGCAGGCGGCUCUCGAUGUUGCGCUGCCCUUUACCCACCAGCGAAAGCAGUUUGGCCAGCCCAUUGCCCACAACCAGCUGGUCCAGGGCCGUCUUGCCGACAUGUACACCAAGCUGCAGGCUUCGCGCGCCUACACGUACAACACUGCCCGCAUGGUGGACGAGCAGGGCAUCAUCCGCACCCAGGACUGCGCCGGCGCCAUCCUCUACGCUGCCGAGAGGGCGACGGAGUGCACGCUGGACUGCAUCCAGCUGCUGGGAGGCAUGGGCUACACGGAGGAGAUGCCGGCAUCUCGAUUGCUGAGAGAUGCGAAGCUGUACGAGAUUGGAGCGGGCACAUCCGAGAUUCGCAGAAUGGUGAUUGGACGCGCCUUUAACAAGGAGUAUGCCAAUGCUUGA